UAAUAAGGACAAAUGCCAAUGCCGUUGCCUUAAUCAGGCGCCAAAGCAACGUGCGCAUAAAUUGCAUAGACAAGCAACGGCAUCCGUAGUCAUAGCAGUAGAGUGUGGAACACAGUCACACACUCACUCACAAAUACAUUGACACACACACACACACCUGUGCAGGUGUUUGACCAACAACAGCUGCCGGCGGCUGCGUUGUGGCAACACACAUAAGACAGAGACCACAAGACUGCCGCAGCCGCAGGCACAAAUCAAAUGAUGAUGUUCAGCAGUAGAGGUAGCAGCAGCAGCAGCAGUAGCAGUAAAAACAAUAACAACAACAACAACAAUAGUAACAGUAAUAGCGACAACAACAGCAGCGUUCCUCCUGGCCUUGGGCCCAGCCUCAGCCUCAGUCUCAGCAUCAGUCGCAGUGGCAGUCUCAGUUGCUGGCUACUAAUGUUGCUAAUUGUUGGCGAAGCCGUUUAUGCUGCUGGCGACGCUGCGAAUGCCACGCAUAGGCUCACACGAACGGAGGAGGCAAAAACUCACCUAGUGGCGAUUGCCGCCCGCAAAUUCCUGACAAUAACAAUGCAGCAGCCAAAUGAUGCACAAACCAAUCGACACCACCAACCGCUGGUAGAGAGUAGUAGCAACAACAACAACAACCACAGCAUCACCACUGCAGCCACUGAAACAGCAACAUUGCCAUCAUCCUCGACAAAUGGAUCGUCCUCGAAGGAUUCUCUCACCACAGCAUUUGCCAUCACACACAAUGGCUUUCCAUAUGAGCAACCGCACGCAUUGACAAUUUCGAGACCGCCAUUUGCCAGCAGGCGGUACAGACGCAACGUUGAAGAGGAUCAGGUGGAUCGCUGUCGUCUGUUCGUUGAGGGCGAUCCCACCAAGAACGAGCUCUACAGUCCCGAAUAUCCGAAUUUGUAUCCUAAAAACAUUAACUGCACGCGUGUAAUAACAGCACCAAAGGGACAAAUCAUACGCCUGGACUUUCGCAACUCGUUCAACAUUGAGGCCAAGGAGGAGUGCAAAUUUGAUUUUCUCGAAAUACGCGAUGGCCAGUAUGGCUUCUCCACCCUCAUCGGCAAAUAUUGUGGCACCGAUUUCCCACCGGAAAUUACAUCGAAGGAACGGUACCUGUGGCUGCACUUUCACUCGGACGAGACAAUCGAGUACAAUGGCUUUAGUGCUGUGUUCGAGUUUCUGGACCGAAAUCGCGAGGCGCCCAGCACCGAUUUGAAUUGCACCAUCGAGAAAGAUGGCUAUGAGGGCUUCAUCAACUCAACCGAUGUGCCGGCGGACAUACGCGACCAGGUGAUUCGCAAUAAGAUUGCCUUGGACUGUAUUUGGCGCAUUCAGGUGCAGGAGAACUGGAAGAUUCAGCUAAAAUUUUUGGAUUUUCAUUUGAGCAAACCGAAUGAUUGUGAAACGAACUUUCUGGAUAUAUUCCCGGAGCAAACAGUGAUGCCAUUGAGAGUGAAAAACUUUUGUGGCUCCGCCGGCGAGAGCAUCACAGCGGAGUCCAACAUUCUGCACAUGAGAUUUUACGCUGAACAAAUUGCGAUUAAUUCGACGUUCGCCAUUCUGUACACAGCUUUUCGGGACCGUGGCACAGCGGCCUGCACUGAGGAGGAAUAUGAUUGUGAGGACGCGACCUGCAUAUCAAAGGAUUUGCGGUGCAAUUUUCGCGAUAACUGCAAAUUUCGUUGGGAUGAGGAGAGCUGUCCGACUGUAUCGGCUUCUCAAUCGGAUCAUGUGGUCAUUAUAAUUGUCGUAUUUGGUUUAAUACUCGGCGGCAUGAUUCUAACAUUUAUUGUGAAUUGCAUACGCAAAAUAAUACGUGAUCAGAAGAUAAUACGUGAGCACAUACGCGAGUCCAAGGAGAGCAAACUGGACGAAAUGGGUCGCAACUCGAAGGCACGUUCGCGCGAGAACAUAUCAAGGCAGAAGCACUCACAGACCUCAUUACAAAUACUCGAUGAUGUCUCCAAUCACUUCUAUCGCGAACCUGUUCCCAUUUCGACGCAAUCGAGCAAGGCGGACUUCAAGGAGAAGGAGCACAGCAUUUUGCGGCGCCACAACGACAUGACCCAAACCAGUUUGUGCGGCGGCAUGGGUGGUCCCGACGAUGGCGAGUCCUCCUCCACGACCACAGCGACGCAUGAAAUCCUGGCAACGGGUCCCACUGCAGCAGCCAUUAGGGGCGUGGUCAAUGCCUGUGAUAUGGGCUGUCAAACGAGGGAAUCGCUGUUUGCCAACAGUCCGAGCGCCGUUGCCACACUAAUGAGACAAAAGUCCAGCUCCUCAUCAUUGGGCGCGACAAGUGCGACCGGUGGCGGGGGCGGAGGUGGUGGUGGCACAUUACCGCCACCACCGCCACGCUUCUUCUCCACAUUUGGGUACGAGCAGGGCGGGCCGCCAUCGCCGGCAGUGCCGCCGCCGCCGCCCGCAGCAUCCGCGAUGCUGUUGAACACGCUCUCGCGUCGCAGCAUGCAUACGCCACCGCAACAGCACGAGUCCCUGGAGCUGGAGGAGCGUCAUAGUCACAGCGGCCAUAGCGGGCCACGUUCGCACUAUGGCCUAAUAGUGGCAUCGACGGUCAACAAGCCGCAGGAGAUGUGUCAUCAUCAUCAUCAGCAUCAGCAGCAGCAUCAGCAUCAGCAACUGCAACAACAGCAACGCGGACGCGGACUGCAUUCGCAUGACGAGCAGCAGCAUCAGCAGCAGCCACCAGCAUCAGCGGUAAUGACAGCUGCACAGCACCAACACACGCACGGACAUGCACAUCUAGCGCCCGGCGGGACGGCCAUACAGCAGCAGACGAUGCCGGCGAAGGGCAAUCCUGUGCCCGGCAAGCAGCAAAAGAACGAGGAGUCCAAAGUCUUCAUUGACAUACGAAACUCCGCGCCAGACGUUAUUAUCAUGACGUCCCAUUGA